GAUCUGGACUUCAAGAGAAAUCGAAAGUAAGCGAUAAGAAACCUAACAGUCUGGAUUAUCAUAUUUGCGAGGAGCAGUCGUGAUAAAUCGUGCACUAAUUUAAUAUAUUUGCCUCUGGAAGUCACCCCCCUUGCUCCCCCUGCUCGUCGAUCACACCAUUUUGUUUGCUCAUCAAUGAACUUCCUCACUUAAAGAAGGGAGUAAGAAUGGACACGCAAAGGCAGAAACGCAAGAAAGAAAUACAAGAAGCUCUGAAUUUCAUACAGUCUUCAGUCCCAUAUCCAGAUCCUGAAAGCUACAAGGACUUUUUGAUGAAGUUGAUCUGCAACCUUCUUGAGGAGGGCAACAACUUGUUCAGGGACGGCCACUGGAAGCGGGCAGUGAGGCAGUACAGCGAAGGCUUGAAUGUUUCUGAAUAUUUCUCAGUAGAAGGAUUCGAGAUUCCUCAGGAUUUAGUGGAGAGUCUAUAUGUCAACCGAGCAACUGCUUACCACAGCAUGAAUAAAUAUGAUAAUUGCAUAAAGGACUGCGACAAAGCUCUGGAGUUGUGUAAAAAAAGCCACAAAGUGUUCUACUUGAAGGCCCUUUGCUUGAAGCAACUCGGCAGGUACGAGGAGGCUUAUGACUGCACACGCAACUGUUUGCUCAUCGCACAUCAGGACAAAAAGGUAAAUGAACUCGCAGAGGAACUUGUGAACCAUCUUGGACUGAAAAAACAAAAACCCAGCAAAGCCGUGUCUUAUAAUGUCGGAAAUGUUCAAAACCCUUUGAGUAGAAUUGCACCAGUCAGUUUUCCUAGCGUGCCUCAAUGCGUUGCCCUUAGCAACGCAAAUGACAUGCAACAGUCUGCCAUCUCAAACUUGGACAGGCAAGACACUAUGGAGGACUGUGAGCUGUUAGGAGAUGACCUGGACAACCUUCUUGAUUGUGUCCCCAAUGAACAUUUAGCUGCUGAGGUCCACAAUCCGAAAGUAGCCUCACCUCCCAGCGGGCAAAGAACUUUUUUGCUUCCUGCCCCAAGGCCUCAGCUCCCCCCAGCCUUCUUUUGCUCUUCCAUGAGUCAAUUUAACCCCAAGAGCUCCCUUUCCUUCGGUGGUCACAACUCACUAGAUGCCCUUGAUGACCUAUCAGCUCCACAGGGGCCACAUUCCUCUGAUAACCUCCCUGGAGGUGGAGAUGAUAUGCGUUUGAAGUCACUAGAUUCCCUAGAUGACCUCUUGAUGGCAACUGCUUGCGGCGUAUCGCCAAAAGCCACUCAACCCAAAACAAACCUGGAACAAUUGGAUAACUCUUUUGAUGACUUGCUUGAUAAAUAUCAACCUGUGAGGCUCACCUGUGACCCAUCCGCUCAACUGGACUCGCUCGAUUCCUUGGACUCGUUUCCCGCAAGAAAUUCUGUGCCCGUACGCCCGCCGAAGGCAACAAACCUGGACUCACUCAGCAAUUUCAACUCUUCUGCGACACAAACUUCAGUCUCAAACCCUCUGUGGGCCACUCACGACUUCACGCAGGCCUGUUGGAAUUGCAUUCCUCACGAAGGUCAAGGGGUUCACCCCUUCACUUACAAGCCCGAGCCAGGCCACAACUGUAAGCGAGACAUUCUCCUGUGUAGACGAAAGACAGCUUUACCUUCGGAAUGGACCAGAGUGCGACAGCCACCGACAUGGACGUUCAUCACAGGGCCUUUUCUCCUCUGCAAACACCAUCCAAAGUAUGGAGAUCUGGGCAUCUGUAAGUUUGGGGAAAAAUGCAACUACGCCUACAACCAGCUGGAAAUUGACGUUUGGACCCAGGAAAGGAAAGGAACCCUGGACAGAAACCUCCUUUUCGGACCAUCGGCUGUUGCCGACAUAGACCCUGUGAACAGCAUCAUACGCCUUCGACAGGAACACAAGGGCAAUUUCAUCUUCCUCUGUCAGGAGUGCUAUGACAGUAAACCUCGGAUUAUCAGUAGGCGCUGCAGAGAUAAUCACACAGUGUGCUCAAACGUGCAUGUCCACCACUCCUUCGAUGCUAACAAGUGUUUAGCGUUUGAAGUGAAGACCACUCAGUGCAACUACAGAAAAGUGCGUCCAUUUAAUAUACUGGCCCACUUUAAACUGUGUAGCCAAAAGUCACAUGACGGAUGCCUCGGGGAGUCCAAGUGUCAUAACGCUCAUUCUGUCAUCGAGCUGCAAACCUGGAAGGUGCAGAGAGACACAGGUAUCACUGCUGAUGAGAUUGUUAAAGUCUCGGCAAAAUAUGAUAAAGAGGAGCAGAAUGCCGGAAACGAAAGAAAAUUGAGAUCAAGUCGACAGGCUACUACUGCUGCUGCUGCUACAAACGGUGUGGAAAUACUAAAAGGCAAAAGUUUGAACAUGAAGAUGAAGUUUAUCUGUGCAAGCUGCUUCCAAGACGGCCACAUAAGUACGCCAGACGUACAUCUCAAGUAUUGCUCCAACAAGGCCAGGCACCCGUGGAUGAGAGAGCAAAGCACGCUCGUGGUGAAGUCCUUGGAUAAAAAUAAAUGGGUCCCUGCCAGACCGCUUCCAACAAAAUACUUACCCGCACAAUAUCAAUUGUGCGCCCAGAUGUUGGCAAAGAAGAAAUGUGACUACGCUGACAAGUGCUCCUUUGCCCACAGCCCAGAAGAAAAAGAGAUGUGGAUGUAUAUGAAGACUCAAAAUGUCAUCGACAUGCUGCAGAUAUACAAAAUGUGGCUGACAUUAAGCGCACAAAAUUGCCAAGCGGACAAAACCGUGCCCGCCCAAGAAAAAGACAUUGUCAUGCCGACAGAUAAUCCGGAACCAAUGUGCGGCAUCUACUGUCCUCUGUGUGGCAAGCACAGUAACGGCGAGCGACAAUGGCAGCAACACAUCUCCUCCGCCAAGCACAAGGAGCGCCUGUUCAGUUGCGAAGGAGAAGACGAGGCUUUGAAAUGGACCCACCGCUUCCCCGGUGUGUCCUUCCAGCUCUGCACCAAGUCCGAAGCUGACUGCCCUGAAGGUGCCAGUUGUGACUUUGCCCACAGUCGUGAGGAGUUGCAGGAGUGGAUUGAGAGACGGAAUUUCCUGCGGCGCAAAUUGGACAAAGCCAGGGAAGACCUUCUCAUCAUGCCUGAUGAUGACGACUACGGCCAGUACAACUUUCUACUUCAACACUAAGAAUUACAAAAGAUCCAAUUAUUUUUUUUAAACAGAAAUGUACUUUUUUUUGGUCCUGAUUGCACUAUUUUCAAUCAAUUUAUUUUCAAUCAGGGCCUCAUAUAGAAAAUUCUUUUUUUUUUUGAGACAAGGUCAUCCGGGAAAAAAAAAAACCCCUAACCAUUCACAGCAACUGUUUUUUGGGAAAUGACAGGUGUUUUAAUUCUGAGUUUUGGGUUGUUUUUUCUCUAUUGCUCGUGAAAUUGCCCCAAUAAAAAUUAAUGACAAAGUCCUGCACAGCAUAGUCAUACAACUCUACACAAAAGAUAAUAAUUCCAUGCAGACAAUGUCAUCUUGAUAGACCUUGUAAUUUGAUAAGUGGCAUGAUGAAGUUUAUUUCCACAUUUUGUACUUUUGUUUACAACUGCUAAGAUUUUCUGAAUAAUAGGGUUGUGUUGUUUUAAAACCUGUAGUUCACUGUUUCAUCUUAUUGUGGACAAAUUAAAGUUUGUAUCCUGUGUAUUCAGAUUUUUGUUAAGAAUAUGCACUUAAACACAACCACACUACU